UUAUAGAGUCUUUAUAAAAACUUGUAAUGCAUAUACUCUAUGAUAAGGAAUGAUUGAUUUAGAUUGUCUUAAAAAACUCGCAGUUCAGUUCAAGCUUGCACAUAUAUUAGCUGUCAUUAAUCUGCAGGUUGAACCGGUGCAAACUUUGUAUUUAACUUUCAUGUUUACAUUGCUGGUAGUUUACCACCUGCUCAGAAGCUAUCUGUUUACUUUUACCUGGAUGAACUGUGCUGUCAUGUCCCUGUAUACACCCCUACUACACCCCUUUCCCGUCACCUUCAUACCUUCACAGCGUUUCCUUCUUAAGUUACAGCAACAAGUCGAUCGAAUGCCGUCAGUGUCAGGAUAUUCAUAAAUGUAAUUUAACCAGUGUCUUGUAAUUUACCCGUCUCUUUUCAAACAGACUGAAGACCUCGAAUGGUGUCUUCGUUGCUCUUAUCUGGGUGAAAGAUGCAGUGAAACCAGUGCAUUGCCAGAGAGAGAGGGAGAGAGAGAGAGCAAUAAAAGCAAAGGCAAAAGACAAAGUGAGCCACUGUUCCCAUCCUGACCAGCUGAGAUGGCGUAUUCUCAGGCCCGCCUGAAAAUUCUCCCCAGCGUUCGUUGCCUCUUUGAUAAACUGGUGCAGAUAAAAGUGGAGGGGCUCGCUCCUCAUAGACCAGUGGAGCUGAGGUCCAAACUGGUUGACGACAAAGGAGUUGUCUUCAGAGCGUCUGCGCAGUAUAAAGCAGAUGGUGCUGGCCUGGUCGAUGUCUGCCGGUCACCCUCUCUGGGGGGAAGCUACAGGGGUGUGGAGCCAAUGGGUUUGUUUUGGUCCAUGGCGCCAGACACACCACACAGUAAACUCCAGAAGAAGACUGUCCUCAGCCCGACUGUGGUGGAGCUAGAAGCCCUGAACGGGGAGACUGGCGAGCUCUUAGCAACCGGAACCAACGAGAGAGGAUACAUGACUGAGGGAAUGAAGAGAAUACCGCUGCAAGAGGGCAGAUUACGUGGAGUCCUCUUCAUACCACCGGGAAAGGGUCCGUUCCCAGGAAUUGUGGAUUUGUACACCUUUGGCGGAGGUCUUUCAGAGCCCAGAGCCAGCCUCUUGGCAGGAAAAGGGUUUGCUGUCCUGGCACUGGCCUAUCUUCGCUACCAAGAUUUACCAAAACACCCAGAAAACUUAGAUUUGGAGUACUUUGAAGAAGCCGUAACAUAUCUGAGGACACGACCAGAGGUUGCAGGACCCGGGAUCGGCAUCAUAUCCAUCUCUCACAGUGGUGCUAUAGCUUUAUCAAUGUCAUCUUUUCUGUCUGGGAUCUCAGCAACGGUCUGUAUCAAUUUCUGCAAUGCAAACACCGUGAUUCCUUUGCAUUACCAAGACAUGGUGUUUCCUCCCCUCGAGGCUGAAAUGGAAAAUGUGAAAUUCACAGACUCUGGGCUGAUAGAUAUACGCGAUGCCUUAGCAGAUCCUACCUCAGGAAAAAACCGAGCGUCUUUGAUUCCGAUUGAACGUGCCACCUGCCAGUUCCUGUUUGCCGUCGCCGAAGACGACCACAACUGGAACAGCGCCUUUUUCACCAAGCAGGCAGCUGCGACCCUCAGAAAUCAUGGCAAGGAGUCGUUUCAGGUGGUUUCUUACCCGAAAGCUGGACACUUUCUGGAGUUCCCUCACAUGCCUUACUGUCCAUCAGGGUUUCACGGAGCUGUGGGGAGUGUUGUAUUAUUUGGUGGGGAGCCAAAAGCUCAUUCUGAGGCUCAGCUGGACCUGUGGGAAAGAGUCCAGGCUUUCUUCAAGAGCCACUUGCGGCCCAAGAGCUCUCUUUAGCAAGCAAUGCAGCAUCAAGUCUGUCAAGUAUCACUGAGUGAUUGUUAGAGAUAUACACAACCAGUACUUUUUAAUGCAUGCAAUUGUUCAAGAGGGCAUGAAAAGAUAGUGUUUGAGUACUUUUGUUUUUGAUUGUUCUACACUAAGUGCACUCAUCGAUCCUUAUUUCCAACAUUUAAGUAUUUCACAAGAACAGAAGCUCGGCAACUGGCAUCAUCAUUAUUAAUUACACUUGUGCUUUUUCUACUGUGAUUGCUGGGUAAAUAUCCCAGGCUCCAGACUGAAAUGUCUCCAAAUGUGUAACAUAUUGUACGAUUUUAAUGAAUAAGCUGCGAUAAUUUAUGUAAAUUGAGAAGGUUGUCUCCUUCUCCUGUGUCCAGUGUUUUGAACAUAUGUUUGUUUUGUUUAUGAAGGGCUCUUUACUUACUAAUUGUAUAAAUAGACCAUUUCAAUUGAAAUAAAGCUGAAGUGCAGUAUAAUUGUCAUUUUGUGAUGAUUAAAGACACGACGUGUUGAAAUUGACAAAGACGGCACUAAUGUUUAAUAAAAUAGAUUGCUAGAU